UGUCGGCAUUAAAUUUCGGAAUACUCGUGAAAAACAAACAGAACAAGAGGCUGCUAUAGUCGCGCGAUCUUUAGUGUCAGAGACUGGAACCGGAAUUUUAGUAACUGUAAUGAACAAAUUUGCAAAGGAAGAGUUGCAAGGAUAUCCAUUUGGAUUAUUUGACUACUUUUCUGAUGACUGCCCUUCGACCGGUAAUCCUUUGAUGCUUUUGACUGAUUAUUCGCUUAAUAUCAAAAAUGCGCGCGAAAAUGAUUUUAAAGUAUCAUUGGAGAUUCAAAAGCUCAGUAAAAAUGAAACCUACUUUCCAAUGGCUGAACCAAGAUUAAAUUUGUUUGGCAAAUUAGUGAAAAUUGAAAAAGACGAGAUUCCAGCGAUACAGGAAUGUUUCUUGAAAAAACAUCCGCGAGCGCGUUUUUG